AUGCACGGAAGUAAGUCCACCGUCGAGAUGGGCUUUUGCUCCAUUCAUAGGAGGAAGCGAACUAGGGUGGAUUUAAUGCCCUUGGAUGGCCAAACCGGGCAAAUGCGUUGUAAAUUCCAUAAGGAAUGCCGCCAGCGUGUCGAGGCAGAAAUGGUUAUUUGUAGUCUUCAUAACCGGCGGCGAAACAUAAAUCAAAUGAAGGAAGUUCGCAAGGGGAUAUUCGAAUGUUUGCCACAGUUUGCUUGUCGUGGCCAGUUCAAUGAGGCAACCGUGCCGACAUCUCACGCACCGGUGUCACAUCCGCACCACGUCCUCCCACCAAAAGGUAGCAGACCCCAACAGGUUUUCGGAGAGGCACAUCCUGCUCUAUCAGCAGGCGUGGCCUGGGCACCUGCAUUUAAUCGCCCUCGCAAUGUGGGUGUUGUGACUUCUUCCGAUUGGGCGCAAGCCGAUCACAAAAUGUGGUGUGCCAAACACGGAAAGUUGACGUCUCAAUGUGAGCUGAUCAAGGACUGCUACCACGUCUGCUACGAUGCGUCGGCGUGCCUUUCAACGCCCCUGGAAUUGCCUUCGGAGCUUUUGUUAAAGGGGUGCAAAGAGCUUUUAUGUUCAAAGCACAACGCUUUAAGGUUGGUAGACUUCCUCGAGAAAACCCCUGACGAAAAGGGAUACCAGUGCACUCUGGGUCAUCGCUGUCGGGGAACUCUUGCAAAUCAGCGGGAUGCAGUUCCAGAACAGGCGCUACACCCCACUAGAGAAGCGGUUUCUUCGUUUUUCGUGUAA